AUGCUCCAAUCAGAUUCUCCUCGAGCAGCAGGGAUCCCCCACCAGCUCAUCCACACCACUCACAAGACUCCCGGCCAAGAGCAAUUCUUUAGGGACACAAAAGUCACAAGUGAGCAGGUGAAAAGUGGAACCAACGGAUCACAGCCCCACCAAGCCAAACACCAAACCAUUCCGGAGCACCGUAGGUGCCUUUCCAAAGAGUCAGCCCAGUAUAUUUCAUUUCCAAAAAGAUUGCAGGAACCAGAAACAGAAUCAAUUCGACACAAAAGCCAGGAUGGAUGUAAAAAGAACUUUGACAAGAGGAUUCAUACUGGUGAGAAGCCUUUUAAAUGUCAUGAUUGUGGGAAGGCCUUUAAUCAGAGUUCCACCCUCCUUCAACACCAGAGAAUUCAUACUGGUGAGAAGCCUUUUAAAUGUCAUGAUUGUGGGAAGGCCUUUAAUCAGAGUUCCAACCUCCUUCAGCACCAGAGAAUUCAUACUGGUGAGAAGCCAUUUCAAUGUAGUGAUUGUGGGAAGGCCUUUAAUCGGAGUUCCCACCUCUUUCAACACCAGAGAAUUCAUACUGGUGAGAAGCCAUUUAAAUGCGAUGAUUGUGGGAAGGCCUUUAAUCAGAAUUCCCACCUCCUUCAACACCAGAGAAUUCAUACUGGUGAGAAGCCAUUUCUAUGUCAUUAUUGUGGGAAGGCCUUUAAUUGGAUUUCCAACCUCCUUCAACAUCAGAGAAUUCAUACUGGUGAGAAGCCAUUUAAAUGUAGUGAUUGUGGGAAGGCCUUUAAUCAGAAUUCCAACCUCAUUAAACACCAGAGAAUUCAUACUGGUGAGAAGCCAUUUAAAUGUAAUGAUUGUGGGAAGGCCUUUAAUCAGAGUUCAAAUUUAAUUGUCCAUCAGAGAAUUCACACUGGUGAGGAACCAUAUAAAUGUGAAGGCUGUGAGAAAGUCCUCAGUUUUCAGUCUGGCCUUACAAAACAUACCAACAUGUAUACUGGAGAGAAAUUCUACAAGUGCCCCCAAUGUAGGAAAGCUUUUAAUAAAAGCUCAAAACUCAUUUUACAUCAGAGAAUUCAUGUUGGAGAAAACCCUUAUGAAUGCAAUGACAGUGGGAAAGGUUUCCAUCAUAGGUCAAAACUUAACACACAUCGGAGGACACAUACUAGAAAAAAUCCUUAUCAAUGCAAUGACUGUGGGAAAAUGUUUAUUAAUGACUCAAAACUUAUUUUACAUCAGAGGAUUCAUACUGGUGAGAAGCCUUUUAAAUGUAAUGAUUGUGGGAAAGUCUUCAGUCAUAGGUCAAAACUUAUUAUACACCAGAGAAUUCAUACUGGUGAGAAGCCUUUUAAAUGUCAUGAUUGUGGGAAGGCCUUUAUUCGGAGUUCCCACCUCCUUCAACACCAGAGAAUUCAUACUGAUGAGAAGCCAUUUAAAUGUGAUGAAUGUGGGAAGGCCUUUAAUCAGAAUUCCCACCUCCUUCAGCACCAGAGAAUUCAUACUGGUGAGAAGCCAUUUAAAUGUGAUGAUUGUGGGAAGGCCUUUAAUCAGAAUUCCAACCUCUCUGUUCACCAAAGAAUUCAUACUAGUGAGAGGCCAUUUCAAUGUAAUGAUUGUGGGAAGGCCUUUAAUCAGAGUUCCCACCUCCUUCAACACCAGAGAAUUCAUACUGGUGAGAAGCCAUUUCCAUGUCAUGACUGUGGGAAGGCCUUUAAUCAGAGCUCCCACCUCCUUCAACACCAGAGAAUUCAUACUGGUGAGAAGCCAUUUCAAUGUCAUGAUUGUGGGAAGGCCUUUAAUCAGAGUUCCCACCUCCAUCAACACCAGAGAAUUCAUACUGGUGAGAAGCCUUUUAAAUGUAAUGAUUGUGGUAAGUCCUUCAGUCAAAGGUCAAAACUUAUUAUACAUCAGAGAAUUCACACUGGUGAGAAGCCUUUUAAAUGUAAUGAUUGUGGGAAGGCAUUUAAUCAGAGUUCAAAUUUAAUUAUCCAUCAGAGAAUUCAUACUGGAAAGCUCAUUAAAAAAUCAUGAAUAUGGUAAAGAUUUCAAUAAGAGAACAAACUUCCUGGUA